GCCAUAAAACCACACUGGGAACACCCUGGUAUAUGAGCAGUCAAUAGGACUGUCAGCACUAAAUAAGCUGACUUUUACCACUGUGCACAAAGAAGAAAGUCACCCGCCCCUGCAUCGCAACUGAACUCCUAAGACCAUGAAGAUGAGGGUUGUCGUGUUGCUGGCUGUGAUCGUUGUGUUCUGUGCUGCAGAUGCUCAGAAAUGUGCUCUGGAUGAUUUGAUGAGCAGCCUGACCAAAUCUACGGCCUCUGCAGUGCUGCAGAACGUGACUCUGUCCUGCACUGAUGUCCAAAGUAGAGGGUACCAGGCGGAAUGUCCUAAAGGUUACAAGCCGACAUGCUGCUCCUGCACUAAUGCCGGCUGCUACUGGGAUAUCAGCGAUGACCAGACCUGCCGCUGCCAGUGUGCAAAGCCGAUUACGACAACUGUAAACCGGAUCGGGGUCAUCGCACGCUGCUGCAAGAUUGCCAUGUAGAAGCCAGAAACGAUGGAAUCAGCGUCUGGAUCUUGAAGCUUAGUUUUCAAGAUCUUUCACUUUUUUGGAACUCACUUCCAGCUUUUAUCCAGAAUGCUGAGUAUUUUUAAAUCGAAGCUCAAAACAUAUCUCAUUGAUUUGUCCUUUCGCUAGUGAAUAGUUUGGGGUUCUUUUGGCUUGCUGUGUAUUUCUGUAAAGUGCCAGUGUGUUAUGAUAUUGAAUAAAAAGGGUCUAAAAAAUAAAUCAUUUUCUUACUCACUAA